GUGUUUCCUUCAGCUCCUGUGUCCUCUGUCCUGCUGGUCUCUGAGUGUCUGUCCCAGGGAGAGAUGAGGGUGUCCUGCUCCUCUGAGGGAGGGGACAGUCCUCAGUACAGCUGGACUCUGGAUGGACACACACUGACAGACGCUCAGCUCCUCUCUGGAAACAAUGAGAGUAACAACAUCACUCUGAAACAAGACGUGUCAGGACAGCUGGUCUGCUCAGUCAGGAAUAACGUCAGUAGUGUCUCCAAAAAAGAGAAGAUAUCUACCUGUGGCUUCAUAUUCAUUAACUGCACCAUCAAUAUGACACACAUAUCACAGUGGGUGCUUGAAGCCAAUAACACCCUGUGUAUUGAGCCAACAACAACAACAACAACACCUACCACAGUCACUACUGCGGGUAAGGACCCUGGCAAAGUGUCAAUUAAAUCGUCCACUAAUAUCACAUCCUCCAAUCAAACUCCCAGCAGAGAUGUCCCAUGGUACAUCAACAAUUUGACAAUAAUCGCCGGCGUACUUUCUGCACUGGUAAUUCUAUUAGUGGCCGGGGUGGUAGUCGUCUGUGCUCACAAGAAAAAGGAAAACAACAAACCAAAAGAAGAAGAAGAUGAACAAGAAUUAACCUAUGCUGAUGUCAGGGUCAUGCAGCGACCUGGGAGGCAGAUGCAGCAAAAGAAGAGGUGGAGGUGGAGUACGGCCAAGUCAAGAUUUCAAAGCAACCUCGGCAGACCAUUGAACCAGAGUAGAUGAAUGUGUGUAUGCCAAAGUCCGCAGAGCAGGUGAUUCAGUGUUCACUGCACCGCUGAAGGCAGGUGGAGGAGGUGUGCCAAGAUGCCUGAAGGUCUUUCACCUUAUUUAAUGUGAUUUCCAAUAGGAAAAUAAAAAGCCAUCAGUGCUCAUAUUUUGUUCACCUUUACUGUACUACUGGGUUGUGACUGAGCAUCAAAGUAUCAGCUCCAGCAUUUGAAUCACAGUGUGGCUAGUUUUUAUAGACUAGAUUAUGUAUUAUGACUAUUUAAUAUUUCGUAAGAAUGUAUUUUACCACAAUUUUAAUAUCUCUUAUCUUUAGAUUAUGUUCCACUUCCUCAUUUUUACUUGUGUCUAAUUUAUGAGCAUAUUUACUUUUAUUUCAUAGUUAAAACUGAAAACUUUUAAUAAUGAUAAUACAAAUUUUAAGAACAAAAAUGUCUUUGCAAUGUAUUUUUUGUAUUAGCCUACAAUGAUUGGCAGACAUGAACCGUACUCUAAAGUGCCUGAAAAAGUGGCAUCAGUACUUUUAUAAUGUUGGUUAAUCAGCUGUGUUUACAUGUCAUCGAAAAUGGCUACUUUUAUCUUCAUGUCAAAGUAAUAAAGUCUGCAUUUACUUAAAUCAAAAUCUAUUUAUUCAACAGAUGUUGAUGGAUGAGUCAAGGGUCAAAGUUUAUCAAACAAACUAACAUGCUCUUGCAUUUGUAGAUUUAUUAAAGGUUCGGUGCAGUGCGUGAGUGUUAUUAUCAAAUUCAACCAAGCUGUCUUCCUUUGAUUUUCUGUCUUGUCUCUGAGGAAGUUCACAGUCUGCAUGAAUUUGUUUCCAUGAGGUAAACACUUCUGCUUUUUCUCAGUAUUGGUUCGUCAGUUACAUGGUGUGAUUUUCAACGGUUGUUAAAACCAGUUGUGGCUGAUGACGAUAAUAUAUCCCUUUAAUGCAAUAAAUAUGAGUGGGUGUGUAGUUUUAA